AUGUCUCUGUUUGGAACCUCGCCAGACGAGGCCAGCCCAGCGCGAGCUUCCAAGUCCCGAUCGUCUCUAUUCGACGACGAGCCCAGCCCAGCUCCAGGAUCAAAGUCCUCAUUAUUCGCAGACGACGAUAAUCCUCCAGGCGCAUCGCCGUGGGGAUUACUAACACAGCAAAAAGUUGCAAGGGGAGAAUUGGUCAAGAACCUGCUUCCAGCCGGAGUUGUUCCCGAUAGUUACAUCGAUACGUUUGACAACCUAAUGAGAGGCGGAGACGGGCUCGAGGGAAAGCUCACACCAGCUGGGAUAACUAGAGUAUUGAGUACUAGCAAGAUUGGCGAAGACGAGCAGAGUCGGAUCGUGAGCAUAAUCACUUCUGGAGGGCAGCUCUCGGAUAUCAGCAGGAACGAAUUCAAUGUUCUGCUUGCAUUGGUUGGGCUGGCACAAGAACGUGAAGAUAUCACACUAGAUAGUGUUGAUGAGAGAAGAGGGAACCUGCCAGAACCAAGUCUUCCAAGUUUCUCCACCCCGGUUCCUGGAGUCAAAGAACUUGCUGCAAAGCCUCCCCAGCGACCUGUAACACCUCCACCAGCUUUACUUCCCAUCUCGCCACCGAAACAGAGCAUGAUGCAGAAAGGUUCGAUCAGUUUUCCCGAGGCAGACCCGUGGGGGAGUCCUGACUUACAUAGAGGCCACAACCAUGAAGGAAACCCUCAACGCAAUGGGAUAUCUAGGACAGUUAGCAAUGGAGGCCACGAACCGGUUAGGACAACAAGCAACUUCACGAUAGCAUCAACAGAAGCGCCCAAUGUUACCUCCAGCCAGCCAGCCGAAGACGCGAUCUCUGCUCCUGUAGGCGGCAUCUGGGGUUCUUAUGAGGGUAACUCCGCUGCUUCUUAUCGUGAUUCGAAUGCCACUACAAUUGGCGGCGAUGGAUUUGAGACUCCAGGUGGCGGCGGCGAUCGUCCUGCGCCAGAUCCUCCAGUUCGCUCUUUUGGUGGUGGCCGAGUUUCAGGCGGGGGUGUAGAAGAGAACAUAGUCGUUACCUUAUUACCAGAGAAGGAGGGCAUGUUCAUGUUCCAACACCACAAUUAUCAGGUCGCGAGUAUUCGUCGUGGUAGUAAGGUUGUGAGAAGAUACAGCGACUUUGUUUGGCUUCUAGAUUGCCUACAAAAGCGGUUUCCCUUCCGGCAGCUACCACUGCUACCACCAAAGAGGGUUGGAGUGAACGGAACCCAUCUUGCUGCUGACAGUACUUUCAUCGAGAAGAGGAGAAGGGGAUUGUCACGCUUUGUGAAUGCUCUCGUCAGACAUCCCGUACUAUCGCAAGAACAACUGGUCAUUAUGUUUCUGACAGUUCCAACCGAGCUUGCCGUAUGGCGCAAACAGGCCACGAUUUCGGUCCAAGAGGAAUUCCUCGGGAGACCGUUGCCCCCAGGACUGGAAGACUCCUUGCCGCCGACAUUGAACGAGCUUUUCGACAGGACACGAAGUGGAGUACGACGGUCUGCUGAGAUAUACAUUAACCUGUGUAACCUCAUGGACCGUCUUUCGAAGCGCAAUGAAGGCCUCGCUGCUGAUCAUUUAAGAUUAUCUCUGUCACUACAGGUAUUGAUGGAUUCCUCAGAGGAUACCUACUCAACGGAUACAAACGAUGUUCCGCUGCUCAACGAAGGUCUCAACGCAACAGCCAAGCACCUCUCGAACAGCCAGACUCUACUGGAAGACGAAGCCAGAGCUUGGAAUCAAGGAGUGCUGGAGGAUUUGAAGAGGCAGCGUGAUGCCCUGGUUAGUAUGAGAGACAUGUUCGAUCGUCGCGAUCGGUACGACAAGGACAACAUUCCAACACUGGAACGCCGAAUUCAGAACAACGAGACCAAGCUUAUGACAAUUCGUUCUAAGCCCGAAGGGUUGGUAAAGCCCGGAGAGAUUGAAAAAGUCACCGAGGCUAUCAUUAGGGACAAGGAGUCAAUUGUGGCCCAGCACGCACGAGGGGUAUUCAUCACGGAAUGUAUACGCGAUGAGCUUGUUUUCUUUCAGCAGUCACAAUAUCACAUUAGCAGGUGGAACCGGGACUGGGCGCAAGAGCGUGUGAAGUACUCUGAGAUGCAAGCUGAUAAUUGGAAGCAGCUGCAUGAGGAGUUGGAGGGCAUGCCUCUGGGAGAUUAG